GGCCUCCCGGAAGCGCGUCCCUGCCGCCAGCGCCCGAGCGCACCGGCCCCGCCGCACAGCAGCCCGCAGCGCUCCGGGUCCGCCCGCGCCUGGGCGCAAAGCCAUGGUGCGCCCGGCCGGCGGGAGGCGGGAGCAGGAGCCCGGCGGGACAGGGGGCAGAGGUGGACCCCGGCGGCCCCCGUGGCCAGCACAGCCCCUGUUCCGCGCCAGGGGAUGGUGAACCUCGACUCUCCUGGAGGCGCCCGCGUGGCCUGAGCUCCGUGCGUGAUGGGUGACAGCGGACUCCCAGACCACCCGCCGCCUGUGGGGUUGCUCGGCCUCUGUCUGGGAGACGGCCUGCAGCCCCCCGGAGCGCGCCAGAGGGAGACGCGCGGCCAGCCAGGCCCUCCUGAACCGUGCAGGGGACACGCCUGGGCCUCGGGCUCUCCUGAGUCCACCGGGCCUGCUGCUCCUGCUGGGGUCUCUGGCGUGGAGCCCGCACACGCGGGCAGCUGUCCCAGGGGGAGCCCGCGACAGAACCAGAGCUCGUCGGCCCAGGUGGUGUUCUGGGCUGGCAUCUUGCAGGCCCAGAUGUGCGUCCUGGACCUGGAAGAGGAGCUGGAGAAGGCGGAGGGGCUCCGGGCUGGGCUGAGGAGCUGCCUCCCCUCGUCCCCACCAGGCCUCCCUGGCCACGGGGGCCUGUGUCCCAGCCAGGCAGCGGAGGAGGACUCUGGGGAAGACAGCAGCGGGCCCGAAGGGGAGAACCGGGCCUGGCCCAGGGAGGGAGCAGCAGACUCCUCCCCGGAGUGGGGCGACGAGGAGCAGAGCGUGUUCUUCGACAACCCCCUGUUCCUGGAGAGCCCCUGCUCGGACGCCGGCGCCUCCGGGGAAUGCUUUUCCUGGGGGCUCCCCGACUCCUGUGUGGAUGCGAGGACCAGGCCCGACAGCCCGCAGACCCCGGAGCCUCUGCUGCCAGGAGGCACAGGGUCCUGGCAGCUGGGGAGGGAGCCAGACGUGGGGGACAGCGCCACGGCGACCAGUGGGCACGCCACGCCUCCAUUCCCUGUGCCUUCCUACAAGCCACACCCCUCCUGCUGGGCCUCGGUGCCUGCCACUCAGGAGGGCCAGGCUUCUCUGGAAGACCAGUGGGGUCUGGCCUCACCUGCCACACCAGCUGAAGACAGGGUACUGAGCUGGGAGACAGCACACCCUGGAUCUGACCUUAGCCCUGCCACACCUCCUGUGCAGCCUUGGGCGCCACCCACCCCUGAGGCCUGGGAGGCAGAGGAGGGUCUUCCCUGGUCCCCGGAGCCCCCUAUCUCCCAGGACAGAGGUGGAAGGGAUGCCAGGCGUCCCCAGGAGCCUGCCCCCUGCAUCCUGGCCCCUGGCCCCUGGGGGAGCCCAGAGUCUGAGCGCAGAGGCCUCGGCCCCAGGCCCAGCCCCUCCAGCUCCCCGGAGGGCAGCCCGUCGCCCCAGCGCCACAGCCCUGGCCCUUUUCCCAAGUGGUCACUAGAUGCUCCACACUCUCCUCUUCUGGAGUCGGAUGGGGCAGAGCCGAGCUCCCUGGAGAGAGAGGUGGUGGGGGAGGCUCCACACCCGGGGCAGGAGGCCCAGUGUGAAGGUGCCGCCAGGACCCCAGCGGCUGCGGGGGCUGAGCCCGGCGAGGACCCCGCUUCUGCAGAGGGGCCGUGGCUCCCUCUCUCCCUGGCUGACCUUGGGUCCAGCUCUAACCCUGAGCUCUGGGCUCCUCCCAUGACUGGCCUGCAUGGACACCUGGCCCAGGACUCCUGCCUGCUUCCUGAGAGCCCUAUGCCCCAAGCACACUCCCCAGAGGAAGGCCAGAAGACGCUGGCCGGGAGCAAGCUGGCUAAUGGUGUUGGGACUGCUGACAAGGCGGCCUGGAACUUGGCCUCCCGCCUCUUCCAUCUGGAGGGUUUCCGCAAGUCCGAGGUGGCUGCCCACCUGCAGAAGACCGACGACUUCAGCAGGGCUGUGGCUGAGGAGUACCUGUCCUUCUUCCAGUUUGGAGGCCAGAGCCUGGACCGAGCCCUCCGGGGCUUCCUCCAGGCCCUGGUGCUCAGCGGGGAGACCCAGGAGCGGGAGCGGAUCCUCUACCAGUUCUCCAGGCGCUUCCAUCACUGCAACCCCGGGGCCUUCCCCUCAGUAGAUUCCGUGCACACCUUGACCUGCGCAGUCAUGCUCCUGAACACAGACCUGCAUGGGCAGAACAUCGGCAAGAGCAUGAGCUGCCAGGACUUCAUCACCAACCUGAACGGCCUGCGGGACGGCGGGAACUUCCCCAAGGAGCUGCUGAAGGCCCUCUACUGGUCUAUUCGGAGUGAGAAGCUCGAGUGGGCUCUGGAUGCCGAAGACACAGACAGACCUGAGAAGGCCCUGCCAUCUCCGCCUGGCAAGAUGGGCAGUCCCUUCCUCCAGCUGGCUCAGGACCCCACCGUGCCCACCUACAAGCAGGGCAUCCUGGCUCGGAAGAUGCAUCAUGAUGCGGAUGGCAAGAAGACGCCGUGGGGCAAGCGAGGCUGGAAGAUGUUCCACACCCUGCUGCGAGGAAUGGUCCUCUACUUCCUGAAGGGAGAGGACCGCUGCCUAGAAGGGGACAGCUUGGUUGGGCACAUGGUGGACGAGCCCGUGGGGGUGCACCACUCGCUGGCCACCCCUGCCACCCAUUACACCAAGAAGCCCCACGUCUUCCAGCUGCGGACUGCCGACUGGCGCCUCUACCUCUUCCAGGCUCCCACCGCCAAGGAGAUGACCUCCUGGAUCGCGCGCAUCAACCUGGCUGCCGCCACGCACUCGGCGCCGCCCUUCCCCGCUGCCGUGGGCUCCCAGCGCCGAUUCGUGCGACCCAUCCUGCCGGUGGGCCCUGCUCAGAGCUCCCUGGAGGAGCAGCAUCGAUCCCACGAGAACUGCCUAGACGCGGCUUCUGACGACCUGCUAGAUCUGCAGAGGAACUUACCUGAGCGACGGGGCCGCAGCCGGGAGCUGGAGGAGUACCGCCUGCGGAAGGAGUACCUGGAGUACGAGAAAACCCGCUAUGAGACAUAUGUGCAGCUGCUGGUGGCCCGGCUGCGCUGUCCCUCCGGGGACCUGGCCCUGUGGGAGGAGCGGCUAGGGAGGGAAGCCGGAGGCCUGCGGGAGCCCAAGCCCAGCCUGAAGAAAUCCCACUCCAGCCCGUCCCUGCACCAGGACGAGGCCCCCACCACAGCCAAGGUGAAGCGCAACGUCUCAGAGCGCAGAACCUACCGGAAGAUCAUCCCCAAGCGGACCCGCAAUCAGCUGUGAAGUUGGGGCCGCUUCUGACGCUGGCCCUGCUCUGGGUGGACCUGCAAUGAACCUGCGUAGGACCUUUAUUUCACUGGGUUCUUGGUGAGGGACGGGCCUGCCCCACCCUCUGCUGGAGGACAAAGCUCUUUUCCUGGUGGCCCUUCCUGAUACGCUGUGCCUGCUCCUGGCCCCUGCAGGCCCUCUGCUGCCCCUGCUCCUCACCACUCCCAAGCGAAGAGGAAGGUCAAGCGGGGCUUGGGCUCCAGUCUCAGGGACCCAUCCCACCUCCGUCCCCAGAAUCCAGGACCGCCCCAUGUGGGCCUGGGCUUCUGGGAAUGAGCUUGGGAGCCCUCCAGCCAAGGAGCCACGGCCCGGGACGCCCUGGCUGUGGGAAUUGGGUAACCUGUUAGGGAGGCCCCAGGACAGAGCAGGGACUCUUGGCAGACGCAGGUCCCAGCUUAUGACUCAGGUUCCUCAGGCCCUGCCUGCUGAGGAGACAGCCUUCUGGUGGGGACCUGGGCAGGUUUCAAGCAUCCAGGGGGCUGCAAGGCCUUUGUCUCCUGUGGCUCCUCUCCCCUAUUAUAGUUGUCCGUGCUCUGGGACACAUGAGAGCUUCCUGUCCACUUAAUGGCCAGCAGAGGCUCUGAUGGCCUGAGUAAGGGCUGGUGGGGCGGGGCCGCAGCUCUGGAGAGCCCUGGAGUGCUGAGUACUACCCCAGCAGAGUAGGGUGGGGGUCAGGAGGGAGGCUCCCUGCACCUCCUGACAGGGGUGCACCUGUUCCUGUGCACCCCCAACAGCUGCAUUCCUGGGGGCUGCCGGGACGCCCCCUCUGCUCCCGGCCAGCUCCCUGGGGCCUUGCUACCCUCCCCUGGGAAAUCCCCUUGUCCUGCCCUCUGGCUGCCUCCCAGCUGGGACUGUUCUCUAGGGGAGGCUCCAGGAGAUUCAGGGACUUGGGGCUCUGCCUGUGGGAAGGAGCUGGCUGGAGGGGGCAGCCGCCAUUGUCUCUGUCCAGCCAAGCGUGAGUCGGCUGCCCGCGCGCCACCUGCGUGAGGCACUGCCACUCCCGCCUUCCUGCUGAGCCACCCUCCUCCCUUCUGGUGAGGCUUGUAAUUGGCCCUGGGCCUGGAGCUGCACAAGGUGGGGUUGUCCUUGGGGCCGAGGAGGAGGGUGGGCAUCAGGCCCACCUGUCGGGUGGCGGGCCGCAGCCCCCCGCGUGCACUGUGUGUGUGUGUGUGUGUGUGUGUGUGUCCCCGUGUGUUGCUGUGUCUGUUGGAACCAUACUUAACAAGCUGUCAAAGCCGAGGGGACCUCAGGAUCAUUUCUGUGCACCCCUUCAUUCUCUGUUCAUUUCAGAUGCCCUCGGACACUCAAUAUAGGCCAGUACUAGGGGAAUCCAAACCCGAGUGAAACAUGUCGCUGACCCCGUGAGCUGACAGUCCUGCCCACUGGUUCCCAGCUAUCAGCAUAGACAAAGUUUACCUUGCUGGAGAAGCAUGCUAGAAAAGCCACAGUCCUGCCUCACCCAGGGAGUCUGGCUCAGGAGGCUGGUCAGUGCAAUGGGUACAUGCGUCUAAAGCUCCUUAUGUAACUGAGGCAAAGUAGCCGUUAACAGCCACUCGACAGUUCAGUUACUCAGGUGGAAACAUAGCAUCAGGUGGACAUGACUUAGCCCUGGACUCAUGUUCUCAAACUGAGGGACCUAAUGUGAUUUCUUUGACCUCAUGGAACAUGUAUCCUUAUUUUUGACACCAGAAUAAAAGGUGGAGGUUCGUCUGCA